UCUCAGCUGGCUGCUGAAUGAGUCCGGGCAAAGGAUCCCUAGCGUCCUGAGCCCCGCGAGCAGAAACACACAACCGGUGACAGAAGUGAAACUUUGUUUCCCAACAUCCAUUCCAGCUAUGUACGGGCCAGCUGGGGAUACCAAUUGGAAUUCCUAUGAAACGACAAUGAUGCAUGUAUACACCCCUAAACGAGGAGAAGUUCCUGACCCAGUUCGUCAUAAUGAUUUCAAAAGGUUGGGAUAUUCAUACAAGCUCAAUGAUCCCAUUGGCACCCGAACAGUAUACAAUGAACAGUAUGAUUGGAAACCGUACUCUAGAGAAGAAAUUAUAAGGACUGCAACAUCUUCAGGAUCUAGGAGCAAUAAGCCCCAUCCUAGCAAGGAAUUUAUGAUCUGGAAACUACCACAACAUUUGACAAAGAUGGAACCAGGUAGUACUUCUCCAUGGAGAAUUCCUGCUACACUCAAAGAGAUCCGUAAAGCAAUAGCAGACCAGUAUACCUCUAGUUUCCGGGAAGACUACUUGGAAAAAUCAAAAUUAAUAAACCUGAAACAAACUAUACAAGUACCUCUUGAUUGGAAAAAGUUACUUCCUCGGCGCCUGGAAACCGAGUUUAGGCGCAAUUUCCAAGUCCCAGUGAAGAUACCUGAAUUAAGAGACUUGACUUUCAGAUAUGGCUGUAAUGCAUCAUUACCAAUUGCUGCUUAUGGACCUGUUCCUUCGGUUCUGCUUAGUCACAUCUGGAACCAAGAACACUCAAAGAAACAGAGUACAUAUGAAAGACAUUAUGGAAAGGAAUACUUAGAUUUUGUAAUGAUUUUGAAUUCUCUCAGUGAGGAUGAAAUUAAGAACUACCUUGAGAAAGUUCCAGAGAAUGAAAGAAAAAUUCUUCAGAAUUUUGUUAACGAAAAUUACAAUAGUGGCAACAAGCAUAAAUAAGUAAGUUUAGCCAUUGUCUGUGGACAUCAACCUGGUGCUUAAGGAACAGAUUCAUACUUCUGUCAAUAUUGAAAAAUAAUAAGAUGGUUGUUAAUUUGAAUGUGUUGUCUUAAUCUUCUUGUGUUAUUAGUAAAUUCCUCAUGUGUCUCUCACCUCCUCAAAAAGCUUCAGGAGCUCCAUAUUGCCUUUAGAAUAAAAUACAAACUUUUCAACCUUGUAUUCAAGGUCUUCCACAGUCUGACUUCACCUUUCUUACCCUUCUUUCACAUUGCUCUCCUUCAUGUCAUCUAUAUUCCAGUUAAACCAGAUGAUUGGUUUUUCCAGAAUUUGAUAUGACA